AUUAAUUACGAAGACGAACAAAAUGGAGUGAAAGUCCAGUGAAUGCGAGUAGGAAAAAGUGGUACUAAAACCUGGGAUAAAAAUGUAGUGAUUCAUGAUUAACUGCAGAUAACAAAACACAUUUAAAGUAAAUGUUUACACCUUCGUAGAGCCACAGCGCUUCAAACCAAGCUCACGCUGGUAAGGCUUAACAUACUUAAGGCACUAAGCAAUCGUCACCAUAAUAUCAACUUAAUAGAAAUGGGAACGGAGCGAAAAUACAAAAAUUAAAAGUCGCAGUAACCGACUGUAUCGCAAUCCGAGCAUCAUAGACGAUGAUUCCUAUCGCAAUCGAAUUCAUAGCAGAAACCAUUUGCCUACAUAGUCGAAAAUUUUCUCAAGUGUACUUACUCGCCUGUCCAAAUAUUUACGAAAAAAAUGCUUUCUAGACUUUUUGUUCAGUUUCCCUUUAGUCAUAAACCACGCAAUAAAAAUAACCUUUUUUUUUUAUGUGCGAAUGUUUCUAGUUACUAGUCGCUGCUCACAGGCGGAGAAGCCAUUUGUAAGAAUCAACCUUAAAAACGAAAAUUUCUCUCAAAAAAAUCUUCAGUUCAAGGCGAUAGUGAGACAUUCUGUCACGAACGACAAGAACAAUGGCUCCAAUGUUGUCACCUGCUUCGUCAGCUGUUUUUAUCACAGCUGCUGGAAGUUUGCUCACUGAAAGCCGCUUACUAUGAGCGCGACCCUCAAUUUCACCCAGUCUGUGAUAAAAAUAUCACACUGCAGCUUGUGACCAGGGCGCCGAAGGGACAGAAGGUGACAUAGAGAGACAUACGCACAUCCAGUCCGGGUUAUAACGGUACAGACUCCGUCAGAAAAGCGCAGCUAGUCUGACCGCUUGUGCCGCUUUUGAGUCCGUGUUUACAACAAUAGACGAAACUCUGCCACAGUCGGGAACUGCUUUUCGAUCGCACAAGUGCGAGAUAUACCGUUAUUAUUCUACAUCGGAAAUAAGGCGACGGUUGGCAUAGCCACUUGCUUGCAUCGAGCGAAGGACAUCAGUGCUUUUGUGAGAUGUGACUAUUGGACUUCUACUUAAUGCUAUGGAGCUGAGCGCAGCGGACGAAACUGCUGAUACAGAUUUAUCACACAAUAAGACUUGGACACCCACUGUUAACGAUAUAAUUCAUUGGGAAAGUAUGGACCAGCGUUUUAGUCUGGAGAAGCAUAAACGACCUAUUUACCAAAUUGGGGAUAUCCUCAGUGGAACGCUAAGGGCGCGUGUUGUACCUCCGAAUCGUGUCGAGAAAAUUACUCGUGAUGACAGUGCUCUUCUAUGGGGACGUGCACGUGUGCGAUCAUUACCAUCAAGACUUUUUAGCAAAAAUAUUAGUUAUCAACAAAAAAUACAACCUUUGGGCACCGCUAAAGGAAAACGAGUGGUCGAGCAGCGACCAGUACCCGGAAGAUCUAGUAGUAUGAAUGACAUCAGUACCGAGGUUGAAUCUGCAGCACAUGAUAAUAAACUGGAUCUAAAAGAACUUGAUCGUUUAAGUGAUCUUAAACUUUAUUCUAAUGACGAAAUUGUCUUAACUACAUUAAAUGUUUCUACGACAAAGUUUGAUGGUAACGGUAACGUUUUUUUCUCGUACGAGACAGACCAAGGAGAGUCUUUGGAAAAAAAUAUUCGACAGAAAAUUAUAGUACCGAAUCAAUGCAACUUAUGUUUCGAUGGUAAUGGCAAGCCAAUAAAACCAGCCCGGCCAGACAUCGAAGCCGACAACGACGACAGUGAUUCACUCAAUAGCCUAACAGUGAGGAGUGAUAGUGUUUCUUCAAUUAGCUCCAGCUUUUGUAGAGAAGCGCCAGAAAUGGUUCAGUCAAAAACAGCAGUUAUCAAUGAAAUCAUUAAGGCGUUAAGCAGUGUAAGCUUUGAGGGCUCCGCCGACUUGAAGCCUAUCAAGCCGGUCAAACAGGUAGAAAUAAAGAAAGAGUCCGGGCCGUUGCGAAACCUCUUAUCGAUAUCACCAGGAGCUACGCGAACUCGAACUACUUCUGACGGUGGUGAGUGUAUCCUUUCAGAAGGGACACAAUCAUUGCAUUGCCCUCCGUCUCACUUCAAAAGAUCGGCGGCUAUUGAAGUAUUAAAAACAAGUCGCAGCUGUAAUGACCUUAAUAGCAAUUCGCACAAGUAUGUACACUCAAAGAGACGGGUGGUGCAGGAAGUUAGAGGACCACUUUUUAAAAAUUCGCAUAGUCAAACCCUAUUUCGAGUAGAACCAAUUGGCGUUUUGUGGGAGAUGGCCUCCUACGGCCAAGCGGUACCGCUUUUUGCCGAGUUUCGGGCAGGACAAAAAGCACAUAUAUUUAACGAUCUACGAAGACCAAGAGGCUGCUCCUUAGAAGAAAACAGCAACGAGGGUUCCUCGGAAGACUCGAUGCCAAAUACAAGCGACAAAGGAAUAGGGCCAGAUCAGGCAUUCUGCAAUCUGCAUGCUCAAAAUUCAAGCUACAAUUGUUAUGAUAACAGCAGAGAGGCGCAAAAAAAUAUUUCUCAACGGUCUCGUUCGGAAGAACGGGGAAUCGCUUGGGAAAUACUAUUGAAAAGCGCUGACACCCAAGAUCAUAUGACCCUGCAGGAGGCAUUUGAUGCGCACUGCAGGGGUGUUAAGGAGCGCUCGCUCUCUCGCUUAGAAAAGGUGGCUCAAAUCAAAAUGUUGCGUUAUGAUCGUGAUCGUAUUUUUGAACAAUAUAUUAAUAUGCUGCCGGCGCACCAAAAGCUGAAACUCGAUAAGAAUAAAGUUUUCAUCGAUUAUAAUGGAAACCAAAGCCAGCUACAGAGAAUUCGUAAAAGGCGACCUAAAAAACAAAAUAGUCUUGAGAAAAAGAAAAAAUCGAAUCGUAUGGUUGCAGAUAUAUAUAAGAACCGCGUAAGGUGUGAAGUGUUGGCCGGCAGGACUACAUUUCCUGUCAGCAAAAUCAUGCUUUGCUAAUUCAGAUGCUAACGAUGCAGAUUUCUCGGCAUGCAGUAUAUCAAGGUGACUACGCGCGUGUACAUAUUAGUGUAAAUAUUCGCAGUUCGGUGUUUCUGAUUUUUCAUAAAUAUGUGAAUACCCAAAAACUUUGUCCGGUGUCUCCAGUAUAUUACGAUUCAGAUGAAUAUUGUGUUAUGCUGUAUGGUUAAUAAAUUACCUAUGUAACUAAUAUGAGGCAGUAUUAUUUCUGAUCUUAGUCCUUUGAACGACAUUUUUCCUACAAACAUACAUCCCAUAUUCACUCUGAACACCCAUAAAGCGUUUAAGGUUACAUUACAAAUUAAAUCUACAGCCUUACUUUUAAUACUUGGUCAACUGCAUACGCUAACUAUAGCACCAUAACAGUAUAUAAUUAUCUUGAAAUACACGUGAAGAUUUACCUAAUAGUUGCUAUUAGAUUAUUCGGUAAGAACAUAAAUCCUAGAAUAUAAAAAGAUAAGUCUAAUAAAAAAUAUGCCUGCGUAUUAACUAUUUGCAAUCAAUUACAGUAAGCGCAUGCUAUGUUAGUAUUUAAUUAGGUUUAUAAUUAAAUCUUUCGUCCAGUUAAACUCUUCUAGGCUUGGUCAUGUACAGUACAGUGCCUUAGAAAUUGAGUUUCCGAAUUUCAUAAUUAGACAUGAGAAAUUUUUCGUAAAUAAAUGUUUAUUAUUCCUUUAGUUAAACAUUAGAAUCCACAAUAUUGCUUUUAGGGUGAUACUGAGUACAGCUAGUUUUUUUUUAUUUUGUACCUUACUACUCCUGAGAUAAAUUUAAAACGUCGAUUCAGCAACUGCCCACGUCAAUUCUUAUAACAAUUUUUUCGGGCUGGUUUGCAACUAUA